AUGGAAAACCUGGACUCAAGAUUCAAAAACGCCCCGUAUUUCAGUUGUGAGAAGAGAAAUGAUUCUGUCCCUGUGUGCCAGAAGUGCGAAACGUGUGUUUUGGCCUGGAAAAUCUUCUCUACCAAAGAGUGGUUCCGAAGAAUCAGUGAAGUAUCGCAGAGGAGGUUUCUAGUUAGCAUUCUGAAGCAGUUAAAUAGCUUAUAUUUGUUACACUAUUUCCAAAACAUCCUUCUUACCACACAAGGGAAAGAUUUAAUAUAUAAUAGGUCCCGAAUCCACCUCAACAGGAAAGAAGGGAAAACUGUGAAGUCCUCCUUCAAUCAAAUGUUGGAUAAAACAGUGGAACAGAAGAUGAAGGAAAUCUUGUGCUGGUUUGGGAGUAGCACCCACCGGACCAAGGCAAAUUACACUCUUUUGCUGCUGCAGAUGUGUGACCCCAAGUUACUGCUCACUGCUGCUAAUGUGAUCAGAGUCCUGUUUCUGAAAGAGCGGAACACUGUCGUAGGGCUUGAUAAAGACUCUACAGAUAUGUUUUUCUUCCCUGAGAAAGAUUUCAACUCCAAAUCUGAGACCUCACAUGUUUAUUGGGCAGCCAGAACCAGGCAAACAUCCUUCCCUUUGUCCAAGACCCCAGGAAAAGAAAGCUUGCUGGGCUCUUUAAAGAACCAAAAUAAGAAAUGGAAGCGUUCACUUCAGUGUAUUUCCGAGAUGAACAGGCUAUUUUCCAGAAAAGCAGGUGUGCCAAAGGCAGGUGGCCUUCCCUUCAAUCUGCUGCUUGACCUGGGUGCUGUUGGGGACCUAUCUUCAGGGUUCAGCCAAUACCGGGACUUUAUCCGCCACCUGCCCAUCCACCUCUCCAAGUACAUUCUAAGUAUGCUGGAUAAAAACACCCUGAACAGGUGUGCUUCUGUGAGCCAGCACUGGGCAACACUGACACAUCAGGUCAAGAUGGACCUUUCAAUGCACACAUUCAUUCAGAACCAGGUGGCCGUCUUACAGGGUACUUACACUAAGGGUAUAGAUCCUAAUUACGCCAAUAAGCUUUCAAUCCCAGUUCCUAAAAUGGCAGAUGAUGGGAAGCGCAUGCGUGUGAAAAACCAGAAAUGGAAGCUGAGAACAAAGACUGACUACAAUCUGUGGACUGCAUACCAGAACCAGGAGACUGUGAUGGUCCAGAUGGAGGAGAGAAAUGUGUACUGUGGAACCUACAACAUUCGGAUUCUGUCUGAUACGUGGGACCGAAACAGAGUCAUCCACUAUUCUGGGGGAGACUUGGUAGCCGUGUCAUCAAACCGUAAGAUCCAGCUUCUGGACAUCAUACAAGUAAAGGAGAUACCCAUUGAGUUCCGGGGACAUGCUGGGAGCAUCCGUGCCCUCUUCUUGUGUGAGGAAGAAAACUUUCUCCUGAGCGGGAGUUAUGACCUGAGUAUCAGAUACUGGGAUCUGAAAACUGGGAUUUGCAUACGAAUCUUUAAUGGUCACCAGGGGACAAUCACUUGCAUGGAUUUACAUAAGAAUCGACUCGCAUCUGGAGCGAGAGAUUGCCAGGUGAAAGUGUGGGAUAUAGAUACAGGGAAAUGCCUGAGGACGUUUAAGCACAAAGACCCCAUAUUGGCCACCAGGAUCAGUGACACCUACAUCGUGAGCAGCUGUGAGCGAGGGAUGGUCAAGGUGUGGCAUAUUGCCACAGCCCAGCUGGUAAAGACUCUCAGUGGCCAUGAGGGAGCAGUGAAGUGCCUGUGCUUUGACCAGUGGCAUCUCCUGUCAGGAAGUGCUGAUGGCCUGGUCAUGGCCUGGAGCAUGGUAGGAAAAUACGAGAGAUGCCUAAUGGCCUUCAAGCAUCCCAAGGAGGUGCUCCACGUGUCUCUACUCUUCCUCCGGGUCAUAAGUGCCUGUGCAGAUGGCAAGAUUCGCAUUUACAAUUUCUUAAACGGGAACUGCCUGAAGGUGAUGAAAGCCAACGGGAGAGGUGACCCAGUGCUGUCCUUCUUUAUUCAGGGAAACAGGAUGGUGAUCAAUACGGAGAGCAACAUUAUCAUGUUCCAGUUUGAAAAUAUAAAGUGGCAGUACUGUCAGGAUCGAGGAAAACAGAAGAAGAACAAGGAUAAAGAGGAGGGAAAGGAAGACAGUAGUCUCACUGAUGUUUUCUCUAAGUCUAGCAUUCAGGUUCACAGCCUAAGGGACUCUGUAUCCAGUAAACAACCUGUUGCCCAUGAGGCUUUAUGCAGUAAACCUCACAGGUCUCAUGUUCUUCUAAAGGCAGCCAUGAUAUCUACAGCAUUAAUAGUGUCAACUCCAAUUCAAGAGAAGUCAAAAUCAUCCCGAAAAGCUGAUGAUGUGGGAAAAGUACGAAAACAAGGACAACUGGAAACUCCUGUAGAAUCACUCUCUUGCCCCCAAAAAAGAGACUGGCAUAUCCCCAUGUCACCUGACCAGUUCCUCCUGACUGUCAAUGCCCUGCAUCAGGCCCACAGUUCAGAGGCAUUUGCUUAUCCCCAAAGACCCCAAACCCAAGUCCUUGAUGUUUGGGGACCUUUGAUUUCCCACCCGAGGAAGGUCCUGAGUUUCAAAGGAAAAUCACUACAGCAUGCAGUUGAGAGGUUGAGGUUCAGCAACCCCACCACAGAAGUGAAACGGACAACCAUUCCUCUUGAAAUCCAGAAACUACAGCCCAACCUGAAGAAUUCUUUGCAUAGUCCCAGAAUCCAGUCCACCAUACCCCAGCCUAUGCUUAUCCGCUCCAGGCUCUCUGGCAGCUUCAAAGGUGAAGACCAAGUGGCCAAUUCUCUUGAAAAGGUAGUGCACAGCACUGGCCGCCUGACCAGCACAGAUGUCAUUAGACCGAACCGAAUGGUUGCUCCGAUAGUACACACAACAACCCUGACUUUCAAGAAAGAACGGCCUCACUUCUACACAGCCCUCAAUCCUUGUAGAAUGAACACGGGGUUCACGUUGUUGACUGUGAAAGAGGAGAAAGAAUACGCGGAAGCCAAGGUGAAGGAAUACCAGGCCAGUGAGUCCAUUGGGGUAGUAGAUCCAAAAAAAGUCAGCAAAAUUGCCUGGCUCAGGAAGAUCAAAGGUCUGCCUAUAGAUAAUUUCAUGAAACAAGGGAAAAUAGCAGCCCCUGAACUAGGACAAAACACAUUUAUCUGA